CCUUUCUUUCUCAUUAUUCGCUGUUUCGGUUUUCUUUCAAAGCCGCGGAGGUUUUUUUUUCCCAAUCUUCCCCCACACUCAGCCUAGAGUCGCCAUCUUCUCGUUUCCCCCCCUGCAAUGAUUUAAUGCUGAGCUGAGUGGGAGAGGGAGGGAAGCGGCGCCGGGGAAGCAGCGCGGAGUGACCGGGCUGGCAGCGCACGGAGCAGCCGAAGGGGCUAAUUGAUGUGAAAUUACAACACAGGAAGGAAUAUUGAUUCGAGAUAUUUGAGGGAGUUAUAUGCACGUUAAAACCAUAUUUCCAUAGAUCAGAAAAUAGGUGUGCAAAUUUACCAAAUAAACAAACAUCCUGGGUUCCUGUCGGAGAACGUACAGGAAGUGCUUCAAGCAUCACAGCCUGUGAAGAUUCAGCCGACAAGAAGUUUUGAAAGAGUACAUUGUAAAGACUCAUAAAGGUGGUUAUUCGUAGCCCGGGAGGGAAGGUGUGAAUAUUACAAAAGUCCAGAGUGAAGAUUCCAACACGGACCAGCUGGCCUACAACCAUCACUGUUGCGACCAUUGGGAUAUAUCAGGAAGAACUUUGCUUUCUCAACAUUGCACAGGACAAGUGAAGGACAAGUGGAUUUCCCCACAUUGGAUUCUGUGCCUCUGAAGGACCAUUUAAACGGUGGACUGUAAAUCAUGAGUGAAUUCUGGUUGUGUUUCAAUUGCUGCAUCGCAGAACAGCCUCAACCGAAAAGGCGACGGCGGAUCGAUCGAAGCAUGAUAGGAGAGCCGACAAACUUUGUCCACACGGCCCAUGUAGGAUCAGGCGAUGUCUUCAAUAGUGGAAUGAACUCAGUGAGCUCAAUUCAGAACCAAAUGCAAUCCAAGGGCGGGUAUGCAGGUCCUCCCAUGCCAGUGAACGUUCAGGUGCAGCUUGUGGACACAAAAGCUGGAUAACAUUUAAAAUAAAGCCUGUGAUUUCUCCAAGUUCAUGUAUUUCUUCCUCUCGUUCCCCAUUUUCACUAUGAUGACUGCUUCUCUGAGAUCAUCAUGAUGAGAAAGGCAUUACAACAACCCAUCUCCUGUUCCUUGUGGCAAUUCUUUGGCUGGAAUCUCCUGUUCUGCUCUGAAGAUAUCAUUAAUGGGACUGCUCCUGCCGGUCUCUCAGUGACUUGAAAGGAUUUGGCCUUUGCUGAAGUCAUGGACAUAGCUUCUCAAUUAAAAAAAACAAAUAGAUUUUUAGCAUUUCUUCAAGGUCUACAAGUGCCAGAGCAAACCAUCGCUGUGUAUAUUUCAAUUUGCCUAUCCUUCUUUAACUGUGCAGCUUUUAAAAUUCAUUUUGAAUGCUUUGAUUUGCAUUUGUUUUCAGUGAUAGUUUGCAACUAAGGAUGUCUAAAGGUCUGGUACCUGAAAGCACAAUUCCAUUAUCACCCUCUCUAAGUAAGUCAGCAUGGUAAAUGACUGCAUGUGAUGUAGCUCGGCCAACGGCAAAGUGUUGCAGCGGAAUGAUGAUACUGAAGCUGACAAGUUUCUAGCCAGCAUGUUAGUUUUGCCAGAUGCCUGCCUCCUUACCCCUGAGCCUAUCUGCCUGCAUACUUUUUACAUUUGUUCUGUUUGUCAAACUCCUUUUGGAAAUAACCGAAUACAUUAAGUGGCAAUUUUUUUGUAUAAUGGCCUGUGGUAAAUGUGCAAUUUAGCAUACUCCUGUAUUUUAUAUGAAUAGAUUACAGAAAAAUACAUUUGACCGUGAGCAAGUAACCAGUACAAUUGCACCUGUGAUGCAAUGAAUUGGUGGUGCUCCAUGUGUCAACCUUUUGUAGUACGGCAACAACUGUUUCAAACAAACCUGGAUCCCGAAUUCACAAACUUGCCAAUGCUGGGAGUGCACUCCUUAUAAAGUGCUGUACAGUAUUGUAGACUUUUCUCUGCAGACUCUGCGGGUGAAUAUCAAACUUUUAGAAGAAAUACUUUCCUCAGUUGGACGUGGGAGGAGUGGCUGGGAGAGUUGGAGGGAGCGGGGGAGUAGGAGUCGGUGUAAUUCAGUAGGUUGCCGCAAUGUUAGGAGCUGUCUGAACAAACACCAGAGAAUAUUCUGUUCAACAGGGUGGCUUUCACUCUCCAGUGUAAGAAAGCAAAUACUUUGCUCAGGUUUAUAAGGGCAUAUUUUUUGUUUCCCUCCCAUUCCUCUCACAUGUGAUGUACAAAUAUUGCACUGUUUCCUAAUAAAUGUAAAUCGUGCAUGGUGUAAUGGUUUAAAAAACAAGGAGUCAAGAUCAUCUUUUCAGUCGGCAAAAACAUUUGGCUUAACUCAAGAACGUACUCUGUGAAAUGUGACAAGUGAUAUUUUAAGUAGUUUUAGAUCUAGUAUUUUAGUGCAGUCAUUGGAACCAGAAUAAUUUGCUAGGUACUGAAUUGCAGCAAUCUAUGCUAUGAAUACGUGAGGAUAGGGAAAUGCUAUUACGUGGAGCAGUGCAGUACAAAUUGUGACAGAAUGUCUGACAUCGAGAUAUAAAGUAUUUUUUGAAAUAUGAGUGAGUAGGAUUAUAAUUAAUUGAACGAAUUAGCUGGAUAUUGUGGCUUGCUAGCCUUUGGGUUAUGUUGUUAUGAAUGAUCUGAAUGCAUCCCCGUACUGGUCGUCUAAACUCUCUGUGGUAAAUGUUAUAUAAAGGGGUGUGUGAAUUGUCAUCACUUAGUGCUGCCAUAGCAGGCCAUUAAUUGAAAUAUAAUUUAUCAUUCACAUGCAGGCAAUAAUUUUGCCGAAUAAGAAUUCAAAGGUUGUUUUAGCCUAUUUUUAUAAUGCAUACAAUUUUGUACAUGUUUGUUCCUGAGUGAAAUUGGUUUAGUCCACAAUGGCUUAUAGUUUCAAAAGUGACAAGAUGAAAAUAAAAGUUGUAAUUUGCUCUUGCA